AUGUUACUGCUGAAACACGGAAGAAUUGAAAUCUUAGAUCAAAACACUAUGUAUGGAUGGUAUGAACUGCCCAAACAAGAAUUCUUGAACAGCGAACAACCAGUUCGGAUAUUCACGACCAAGAAGUACUGGAUUCUCUUUCGGAUAGGCUCUGAAAGGAGAAGGAAGGGUGGAAUGCCAACAGGCGUCUAUUAUUGA